CAAAAUUAUAUCAUCAAAUUUUCUCAGAAAAAUAAGUCUUUCAUUCAGUUCUCAUUCACUGUAUUCUUCUCCUCACAGCUCUAAAUCUACAUCUCUUCCAUCAAAACCCUAAUUCAAUCAAAAUUCCCCCAAAAUACUCCAUAACUCAGGAUCAGGAACCGAAACAUUAACCCAAUUUUGAUCCGGCUCAACUGUUUCUGACACUUUAAUGAAAAAUCAUAGAAUCCCCUUUGCAAUUCUGAAUCUUGUAUUCAUUUUAGCAUUCUUUGUAGUUUAUUCUGAUUUGGAAUUCGGCCUGUUUUGACAAAUUCAUUCGCUUUCAUCUCUCUGAUUGCAUUCAAAUCUACAUGGGAGCUGAGAAGAAAUGGCUCUGCACCCUGUUUUCUGGGGCAUUCAUCACGUUUUUAAUAUUCUUAUCGUUUAUUUCGGGCUUCAGUUCUUCGUAUAACUAUGCUUUCCCUUCGAACAAGCCGUUUCCUUCGACGGUCGAUCACGGGCCGGGCCUCCCGCCGUCGUUCGCGUACUACAUUUCUGGCAAGAGCGGCGACGGGGAGCGAUUGUACCGCCUGCUGCUGGCGGUGUACCACCCCAGGAAUAGGUAUUUGCUGCAUAUUUCGGCGGAUGGGAGCGAUGAAGAGAGGGUUAGGCUCGGGGCAAUGGUGAAGUCCACGCCUGUGGUUCGGGCGUUCGGGAAUGUGGAUGUGAUCGGAAAGGCCGAUCCGAACACCUACAUGGGGUCCACCAUUCUCGCGGCUAUUUUGAGAGCGGUUGCGGUUUUGAUGAAGAUGGAUGAAGGUUGGGAUUGGUUUAUCACUCUCAGCGCCUCGGAUUAUCCCCUUAUUACGCAAGAUGACUUGUCUCAUGUGUUCUCGUCAAUUAGGAGGGACCUGAACUUCAUAGACCACACUAGUGACCUGGGAUGGAAAGAGGGUCAACGAAUUCAGCCCAUUGUAGUCGAUCCAGGUAUUUACUUAGCCAGGAGAACACAAAUCUUCCAUGCUACUGAAAAACGGCCAAUGCCUGAUGCUUUCACAGUUUUCACAGGUUCCCCAUGGGUUGUCUUAAGUCGACCCUUCCUUGAAUUUUGUAUCUUUGGCUGGGAAAAUCUUCCACGAACUCUUCUAAUGUACUUCACCAACGUUGUUCUGUCCCAAGAAGUCUAUUUCCAUACCGUUAUCUGUAAUUCACCAGAGUUCAGAAACACAACUGUGAAUGCGGACUUGAGAUAUUUCGUUUGGGACGACCCACCCAAGAUGGAGCCUCACGUCCUCAGCACCUCGGAUUAUGAGGACAUGGUCGAAAGCGGGGCUGCUUUCGCUAGGCAGUUUGAGAAAGACGGGGCAGUGCUGGACAUGAUCGACAGGAACAUCCUGAAACGGGAAUCAAACCGCGCCACACCCGGUGCAUGGUGCAGGGGGCGGAAGAGCUGGUGGACGGAUCCGUGCUCACAGUGGGGAGAUGUGAACGUGGUGAAGCCGGGCCCGCAAGCCGACAAGUUUGGCCAGUCCAUCGACAAACUUCUCGACAGUUGGAACGAAAGCUCGGACACGUGCGCGAAACGAGAGUUUGCGGGGAAGGAGGUAUGAAGAUGUUUGAGGUUGGGAAAUGCAUUCUUUGGUGAUGGGUUUGAAAGUUGGAAGCCAUUGGUUUGGCAGAAGAGAAUUCUUUGUACAGACUCUCAAUUGAUUAGUCUUCUAAGUAAUACCACGAAAUCAGUCCCCUCUACACGUGCGUCCUUUUUCUUGAAAUGCAGCAACGGUUUAUUACUUGAAUUGCUUCUUGUUUCGUUUUGACAUUUUAAUUUGUAUCCUCAGAAAUUUGUUGUAAAAACUCGAUCACCUUGAUAGAAAUGGAUAAACUUAUUUCCACA